CUAUCGAGUCCUUUCAAUAGUGAGUUUGCAAUGAGCUCGAAGUGUGGUUAGAAUCGGAAUAUGAUUAAAUUUCAUUCGUUGUUCAGCUUAUUCAGGAACAAUUGCAAUUAUAUUUAUACUGUUCAAUGUCACGGACAUUUAUCCAUCAUUCAAUGGCUUAAAAUUUGGAAUUACUGUUAAUAUGUUUUAUCAAUUUGUCUCUCUUGAAAAGCUCAAUGGAUUACAAGUGAACAUGAUUAUUUGAUGAGUAAACAAAAAUUGGAAAGGUGCCAAAAAAAUUACGCCAGCCAUCGCAAUUAUAAUCAAAGAUGUUGCCCUCAUCGCCUCUAUGUUUCUUAAUCAUCUCCGUUAUUAUCAUAAAUUCAAUUUUUCCGGUGUUGAUAUUUGCCUCAACCCUUAAUCCUAAUGUUACUGUUAACUUAACAUCAAGUACAAUCAACUCUACACUCCAUCCUGUUAGUACCUUAGUUUCAAAUAAUGGAAGUCUCAAUGAAUCGACAAUUACAACAACACCUAUUCCGCCAGUUACAAAUGUCACUGAACCAUCGACAAAUGCCAGCCUCACUACAGGAACUUCAACAAUCUCGGUUAACCAGAGGUUACCACAAAAAGGUUCAGCAGAGGAAGAACAUCAUUCAUCUAUGGCUAUUUUUUUCGUACUCUCUGUGAUUGUUCUCUGUAUUUUUGUGAUACACUUUAUACUUCAAACCAAGUUUCACUAUAUUCCAGAAAGCUUGGCUGUGGUUUUACUUGGAGCUUUAAUUGGUUUAGUAACAAAAAUGAUCUCAAAUCAACAUUUAGGUGAUUGGCAAAGAGAAGAAAUGUUCAAUCCAACGACUUUUUUCCUUCUUCUUUUACCUCCGAUAAUGUAUGAAUCUGGUUACAAUUUGCACAAAGGUAAUUUCUUUCAAAAUAUUGGCUCAAUUCUUGUAUUUGCCAUUGUUGGAACCACAAUAUCUGCACUAGUCAUUGGUGGAGGAAUUUAUAUUCUUGGAUUGAUGAAUGCUGUCUUUUGCUUAUCCUUCAGUGAAAGCUUCGCCUUUGGCUCAUUAAUCUCGGCUGUUGAUCCUGUUGCUACUCUGGCAAUAUUUCAUGCUCUCGAUAUUGAUCCAGUUUUAAACAUGUUAGUAUUUGGAGAAAGUAUUCUCAAUGAUGCUGUAUCAAUCGUUUUGGCAACGACAGCUUUAGAAGCUGGACAAUCUACCGGUGUUGUUUUAUCAACAGCAGGCGCAGUUUUUCAAGGAGUUGGUCGCUUUUUCAUCGUCUUCUUUGGCAGUGCAGCUAUUGGAGCGACCUUUGCCUUUAUUGCAGCCCUUAUAUUCAAAUAUGUUGAUCUUCGUAAAAAUCCUUCAUUGGAAUUUGGAAUGAUGCUUGCAUUUAUUUACGCUCCUUAUGGACUUGCUGAAGGAGUUCAUCUUUCUGGUAUAAUGGCCAUUCUUUUCAAUGGAAUUGUGAUGUCUCACUAUGCUCAUUACAAUUUAUCUCCUGUAACACAAAUAACAAUGCAACAAACUCUAAGGACACUUGCAUUCAUUUCAGAAACAUGUGUCUUCGCCUAUUUAGGCUUAGCUUUGUUUAGCUUUCCGUUGCUUCUGAAACCAUCCUUCAUCAUAUCGAGUGUGAUACUUUGUUUGCUUGGUCGAGCAGCCAAUAUUUAUCCAUUGUCAUAUUUCUGUAAUUACUUCAGAGAACACAAGAUUUCUAAAAGAAUGAUGUUUGUCAUGUGGUUCAGCGGACUUCGAGGUGCAGUUGCUUACGCAGUUGCUCUUCACUUGGAGAUUGAAAAUGAAAAGAAGAGAGUUAUCGUAACAACAACAUUGAUAAUCGUUUUAUUCACAAUAAUUUUUCUUGGAGGUUUAACAAUGCCGUUAAUGAAGUUUUUGAAAGCUGAUAAACGAUCCAUAAGUCGGAGAGGAAGAAAGAGCAGCAGCUCAAGAAAGAUAACUUUAAGCAAAACUAGAGAAAUGGGCCAAACAAUUGAAGCCGAUCAUCUAGCUGAUUUAACUGAAGAUGAAAUCGAGAGUAAUUUUCUAAGAAAUAAUUUAAGUGGUUUUGUAAAAUUGGAUGUUAAAUAUCUCAUACCUUUUUUCACUCGACGAUUCACUGAACAGGAAGUAAAAGAUUGUCGUUCACAGAUGAGUGAUUUAACAAAUCGAUGGUAUCAAGCUGUCAGAAGGCCAUCUGAUAGUGAAGAGGAACAUGAUGAAAUAAAUGCCAACCAUUUAAUUAAUUAGAUUGUAAAAUGACUUCUCUACAAGCAUCAAAGACAAAAACUAGAUAAAAACGAUCAAAGCUUUUUGUACAAAAUAUAUUUGUAUAAAAGUUGCCAUUUACGAACGAUCCAAUUUCAAUAACUGGUCAUUGAUUGGACCCAGCUCAUUCAAGUAUCUCAUUGUUUAACACUUUUGCAUUUAGAAACGGAAUCUGAUUUAUUAAUAUUACAAACCAAGAGAAAUCACAAGAAACUUUCUAUUCAUAAAACUGGGAAAGUUGAAUAAAAUCAACCGAACUUGAAUCGAUCUCAUUACUCAAUGCAAUAUCACAUAUUAAGGAUUAAUUCCCAAUCAGGGAACCAAUUGAGAUGAUUCUUGUGAGCACAAAAGUAAAAAUUUCCUACUCGGUUUUGGUUGAGAUUCACAUUUAUAUAAUUACAAUACAAAACCUCUACAUAAUUAGCUUGGAACAAAUUGAAACAUUGAGCUUCAUUAUUGGACAGAUCAUGAACCAUGGAAUCAAUAAUUUUAAAAUAACUCUUGCUAUGAUGAUCAAGCUAAAAGUCAAAUUGAACUGUGAUGACAGGAAUUGAAUGAUUCCUAGUUUGUUCCAUAUUCACCUUUUCAUUCCUCGUCCAAAUUAUAUUAUUUCUGUUUUUGUUUUUUUUCAAUGUUAAAUUUAUAAAACCUUGUCUUCAUUUAAAAAUCAAAAA